GACCUUACUUGAAAUCAUCACAACAUCGAUAAGAGAACAUUAGCGGUUCUGCCUUCCUUGUGGAUAUAUAUAUCACAACUGCCAUUAGCUUCUGCAGACACUCAAAAUCCUGCUUAAAACAUUGUCCCUGGGACAAAAGAGUUCUUUUCUUUUUUUCAAAGUCUCAUUCUGAUCUUCACCCAUGAUCAACACAAAAAGGCUUAUUGAAUUGGCAAGGAAGUGGCGGAGAAUGACUUCUGCAAAGCGAAGGCGAAUCUCAUAUCCAAGAAGUUUUGUUGCUAGUAAAGGCCAUUUUGCUGUGUAUACAACUGAUAAGAAGAGGUUAAUGUUUUCCUUGGAAUAUCUGAGUCGAAAUGUCUUCAUGGAGCUCUUGAGAAUGCCUGAGGAAGAGUUUGGUCUUCCCAGCCAGGAAGCUAUCACAUUGCCUUGUGAUAGUACUGUCUUCGAGUAUAUGAUUUCAUUGGUCCAAGAACACAUGCCUCAAGAGUUAGAGAAGGCUUUGCUCACCACUACAGCAACAUGUCACCAACUGGCAUCAUCUUCUCUUGUUCAAGGACAGAGUCAUCAACAAACACUUAUAUUUGGCUACUGAAAAGAUCUUGAUAGCAAGGACUCUUUACGCUCAUAAUUGUUUACCAAUGAUGUAAUUAAAUUUCCCACACUGAUUUUCAUUUUGUAAAUGCAAAAUAAAGUAUAUACAUUUCCUCUUUCA